GGUGGCUCCUGCGUGGGCCUGGAGGUGGGUGAGUGACUCACGCCGGUGCCCUCUCCACCCCCGCGCCCAAAUGCUCAGCUCUCCCCAGGCCGGGGCUCAUCUAAUCCCCACAGUGGGAGUCGGGGGGCACUCACACCCGUGCCGAGGUCUAGGGUUGCAGCGCGGUGACUUCACACUCAGCAGCAUGUGCAGCUGAGGCCUCCCUCAGCAGUCCCCGCGAGGCGGGCAGCGGGCAGCUUGGUAGCCGCCGCCUCUCCAACCCCGAUCUGGCCGCAGGCAGCCGACUCCCCGGGACCCGAGGAAGUGAUGGCCGAACAGGAAGCCAGUGGGCUGCAGGUCCUGCUGCACACGCUCCAGAGCUGCUCCGACAGGGGGUCCAUCCUGACCAUCCUCCAGGUCCUUGGAGAUCUGCUUUCUGUUGGCACAGACCGGAGGAUUCGCUACAUGAUCAGCAAGGGAGGCAGCGAAGCCCUCCUGCAGACCCUGGUGGACACAGCGAGGACGGCUUCUCCCGACUAUGACAUCCUCCUGCCCCUCUUCCGGCUGCUGGCCAAAGUUGGCCUGCGAGAUAAAAAGUUUGGACAGAAGGCACUGGAAUUGGAAGCACUUGAUGUGACAUUGAUUCUGGCCAGGAAAAACCUGUCCCACAGCCAGAACCUCCUCCACUGUCUCUGGGUUCUGCGUGUGUUUGCCUCUAGUGUCACCACGGGAGCCAUGCUGGGAAUUAACGGAGCGAUGGAACUGCUUCUCAAGGUCAUCACCCCUUACACCCAGAAGCGCACCCAAAUAAUCAGGGCAGCCGCUGAAGUUCUGGCAGCAUUGCUGAAAUCCAAGUCCAACAGCCGCAGGGCCGUGAACAGAGGCUACGUCACCAGCUUGCUCAGGCUGCAUCAGGACUGGCACAGCCACGACACUGCCAAUUCCUACGUGAUGAUCCGCCGGGGGCUUCUGCUCUGCCUCAAGCAUAUUGCCAACCUCCGGUCUGGCAGGGAGGCCUUCCUGGCAGCUCAGGGCAUGGAGAUCCUCUUCAGCUCCACACAGAGCUGCCUGGAUGACAGAAGUCUGGAACCGGUCAUCUCCAUUGUGCUCCAGAUCCUGAGGCAGUGCUUCCCUAAGAGUCCGCUUCCCUUGGUCACAGCCAGCAGUGCCUAUUCCUUCCCAGUGCCUGGGAGCCUCGCCUCUGAGCCUCCCCGUGCUCUAACUGAAGAUUUUGAAGAUGAUGGCGAUGAAGAGGAAGACAAAGACUCGGAUUCUGAAGAUGGGAAAGAGGAAUAUGAUGACUUGGAAACAGACGUGAACAAGCUGAGCACCAAACCUGGUCUUGACCGACCUGAAGAGGAACUAAUGCAAUAUAAAGCGAUGUGUCUUGAGCUCUUCUGCAGCUUUGAGGAACUGGAGUCCAAACCUGGAGAUGAUUUGAAAUUUGAUGAGACUCAGUCUGCCAAUCACCACCACAUUCCAAUUGCUGCCUCCCCAGAGGAGCAUUGCUUGAACAAGGACCAAAUCUCCUGGGGGCAAGAAAGAGAAUCCCCAGUUCAGACCUCCCUUCUGAGCAGGGUGAAGAUGGGGAGGUCCAGUAUACACCUAGCCUCCAAAAAAGGAGCUGGCAUGAACCCAUACCAAAAUGCACAGUUCAAUGGUCUUGGGAUAGGUUCUUCUGGAAGUGAAAUCUUAGACAUUCAGGCAUCUCUCAAGGAGGAUGCUUGGGACAUAGAUGCAAUUUCCUGCCCAAGGAUGAGUGCCUCCUUUGUCAAUUCCAGUAGGCCUAGAGAAACUGCUGAAUUAACAGAUAAGCUUCUGCAGACACAUCCCAAGCACAUCGCCUUCCACGAUCCCCAUCUUUAUAUGGCCAAAGCCAGAAGAACCAGAUCUGUGGCUGACUUCACGAUGAUGGCGUUUCCUGAUCUCUGGGGACACUGUCCAGCUCCCUCUGCUCAGUCCAUGUUGGAACGUAAAUGUGGAAUCCAAAGGAUCAAGAUAUUUGAGGAUGUCCGGAGGCUCAUCCAGCCAAGUGAUGUUAUAAAUAAAGUUGUCUUCAGUUUAGAUGAGACUUGGCCUUUGCAAGACACUGCUCCUGACUGCUUAAGGUUUUUCUCCAUGUUUGAGUCAGGAAAUCUUCGCAAAGCCAUCCAAGUGCGUGAGUUCGAGUAUGACUUACUGAUCAAUCCUGAUGUGAACAGCACACAGCACCAGCAGUGGUUCUACUUCAAGGUGAGCGGGAUGCGGGCUGCCGUCCCUUACCGCUUCAACAUCAUCAACUGUGAGAAGCCCAACAGCCAGUUCAAUUACGGGAUGCAGCCAACUCUGUAUUCUGUGAAGGAGGCUCUUCUUGGCCGACCCACCUGGGUACGGAGGGGCUAUGACAUCUGUUACUACAAAAACCAUUACCGCCAGAGCGCAGCCGUCAUGGGGGGAGCGUCCAGGAAGUGCUACUACACCCUCACCUGGGCCGUCACCUUCCCGCACGAUGGCGACGUCUGCUACCUGGCCUACCACUACCCCUACACCUACAGCGCCCUCACGACUCACCUGGACAUGCUGGAAAAAAGCGUGAACCCCAGGCAGGUCUACUUCCGGCAGGAGGUUCUCUGCCAGACACUCGGAGGAAAUUCAUGUCCAUUGGUGACCAUCACCGCCAUGCCCGAGUCCAACAGUGCUGAGCAUCUGGAGCAGUUCCGGCAGCGCCCGUACCAGGUGCUCACCGCUCGAGUUCACCCAGGAGAGAGCAAUGCCAGCUGGGUGAUGAAGGGGACCUUGGAGUUCCUGGUCAGCAGUGACCCUGUGGCUAGGCUCUUGAGGGAAAACUUCAUUUUCAAGAUCAUCCCCAUGCUCAAUCCAGAUGGUGUCAUCAAUGGCAAGUAUGUCUGGCACUCGGCCCAACCUAGCCUGCAUUUAUGUUACCAUCGCAACACAUUGUUGUUUUGCCCAGAGGGUUUGAUCGGAGAGGUCUUGGUACUCUGGCAGGAAUAAAUUCUCUUGGGUUC